AUGUACUUGUUUGUACAGUUAGCAGUGCUGCUGAUAUGUGGGAUAAAAGGCAAUGAUAUAACUAACGUCGCUCUCGGAAAGCAAGCCUACCAGAGCAGUAGUGAGUACAGCGACGAAGGCGAGGCUGACUUGGCGGUAGAUGGCAGCACAAACCAAUACUGGAGCGGCGGCUCGUGCUCGCACACGUCUAAAUCACAUGGGUCUUACUGGGAAGUUGAUCUGGGCGACAUUUAUGUCAUUGACAGCGUUAAAUUAUACAAUAGGAGGGACAGUUGUUGUGAUGACAGUCUUGUAGGUACCGAAUUUUAUACCGGAAUGACGACGACAACGUACAGGCUAGUUGCGCACAAACCAGAACGUAUCCUAACCUACCAAUUCCAGAUGUCCCAAACCAUCUUUGCCAGAUGGAUCCGAGUAACCAGGAACCCAGACACCAAGGAACCUCUGAUGCUGUGUGAGGUAGAAGUGAUGGGGUUUAAACCAAGCUUUGGCAUGUUCAAAAGGGUUUCUGAUGCGACGGGAACUGGCAAUACACUGACAGUAACCCCUGCAAGGACCUGGGAACAGUGCUGUUAUGCGUGCUUCACAACCCAAGACUGUGUCGCAGUGGCCAUGACCAACUUUCAAUGUUCCUUGCUAGACUCGGAUGCUUAUACGGUUUCAUCUGGAGAAACCAUGUACAUAGUCAACUAAACGUUUGAAAGCUGUAGACACAAACUCGCCGCCUUCCUCUCCGAAUUUCGUGCUUAAAAAACAAACAAACAAAAGAACUUUCGAAUAUUUGUAGUGACAAUGGACAUUUAUCUUUAUUUUCCUUUCUGGAUCUAGAUGUGAAUCGGUACUGUAGUUAUGUGCGAAACAAUGCUCUUGUUUAAUUAAUUAAUACUUUUCUCAAAGCUACAGUGACGUCACUCGUUUUCUAUAGUUUAUAUUUUGUAGACGAAAACUUUUAAUACAGAAUGAGUAUUUCUUUCAAGUGCGUCAAAGCUUAAGUUUAUUGAACUAAAUUUAAUUGGAAUUUAUAGUUUCAUCUAUUUUCCGUUGGGUUCAUUAAGAAAAAAUUCGUUUGUAUUGGAGUGUUUCUUGUAUUUGGUCAUUAUGAUACAAUAUGUAUAAUGU